CGUCACCCCGGGCGGGGACCGAGCGCAGGCAACGACGCGCGGAGGUCCUGCGGAGGGAGGGAGGGAGCGAGCGCGCGGGCGAGCGAGCGAGCAGGAGAGUGAGAGAGCGCGCGGAGCGGGAGCAGCGGCUGGCGCCUGUGGGGCCGAGCGAGGUUGUGAACCAUGGCGAUGUGGAUACAAGCUCAGCAGCUCCAGGGAGAUGCCCUUCACCAGAUGCAAGCCUUGUAUGGCCAGCAUUUCCCCAUUGAGGUGCGCCAUUAUUUAUCCCAGUGGAUUGAAAGCCAAGCCUGGGACUCAAUAGAUCUUGAUAAUCCACAGGAGAACAUUAAGGCCACCCAGCUCCUGGAGGGUCUGGUGCAGGAGCUGCAGAAGAAGGCAGAGCACCAGGUGGGGGAAGAUGGGUUUUUGCUGAAGAUCAAGCUGGGGCACUAUGCCACGCAGCUCCAGAACACCUAUGACCGCUGCCCCAUGGAGCUGGUUCGCUGCAUCCGGCACAUUCUGUACAAUGAACAGAGGCUUGUCCGAGAAGCCAACAAUGGCAGCUCCCCAGCUGGAAGUCUCACUGACACCAUGUCCCAGAAGCACCUUCAGAUCAACCAGACAUUUGAGGAGCUGCGUCUGGUCACACAGGACACAGAGAAUGAGCUGAAGAAGCUGCAGCAGACCCAAGAGUACUUCAUCAUCCAGUACCAGGAGAGCCUACGCAUCCAAGCUCAGUUUGCCCAGCUGGCCCAACUGAACCCCCAGGAGCGCAUGAGCCGAGAGACGGCCCUCCAGCAGAAGCAGGUGUCCCUGGAGGCCUGGCUGCAGCGGGAGGCCCAGACGCUACAGCAGUACCGCGUGGAGCUGGCUGAGAAGCACCAGAAGACCCUGCAGCUGCUGCGGAAGCAACAGACCAUCAUCCUGGACGACGAGCUGAUCCAGUGGAAGCGGCGGCAGCAGCUGGCUGGAAACGGGGGUCCCCCCGAGGGCAGCCUGGACGUGCUGCAGUCCUGGUGUGAGAAGUUGGCCGAGAUCAUCUGGCAGAACCGGCAGCAGAUCCGCAGGGCGGAACACCUCUGCCAGCAGCUGCCCAUCCCUGGUCCCGUUGAGGAGAUGCUGGCCGAGGUCAACGCCACCAUCACAGACAUCAUCUCAGCCCUGGUCACCAGCACAUUCAUCAUCGAGAAGCAGCCCCCUCAGGUCCUGAAGACCCAGACCAAGUUCGCAGCCACCGUGCGCCUGCUGGUGGGUGGGAAGCUGAAUGUGCACAUGAACCCCCCGCAGGUGAAGGCCACCAUCAUCAGUGAGCAGCAGGCUAAGUCCCUGCUCAAGAACGAGAACACCCGCAAUGAUUACAGUGGCGAGAUCCUGAACAACUGCUGCGUUAUGGAGUACCACCAGGCCACCGGCACCCUCAGUGCCCACUUCAGAAACAUGUCCCUGAAACGAAUUAAGAGAUCUGACCGCCGUGGCGCAGAGUCUGUGACAGAAGAAAAAUUCACAAUCCUGUUCGACUCACAGUUCAGUGUUGGUGGAAAUGAGCUGGUCUUUCAAGUUAAGACCCUGUCCCUCCCGGUGGUGGUGAUUGUUCAUGGCAGCCAGGACAACAAUGCGACGGCCACAGUCCUCUGGGACAAUGCUUUUGCAGAACCUGGCAGGGUGCCAUUUGCCGUGCCUGACAAAGUGCUGUGGCCGCAGCUGUGUGAAGCGCUUAACAUGAAAUUCAAGGCCGAAGUGCAGAGCAACCGGGGCCUGACCAAGGAGAACCUUGUGUUCCUGGCACAGAAACUGUUCAACAGCAAUAGCACCCACCUCGAGGACUACAACAACAUGUCCGUGUCCUGGUCCCAGUUCAACAGGGAGAAUUUGCCAGGACGGAAUUAUACUUUCUGGCAGUGGUUUGAUGGUGUGAUGGAAGUGUUAAAAAAACAUCUCAAGCCUCACUGGAAUGAUGGGGCCAUCUUGGGUUUUGUGAACAAGCAACAGGCCCAUGACCUACUCAUUAACAAGCCAGACGGAACUUUCCUACUGAGGUUCAGCGAUUCAGAAAUCGGAGGCAUCACCAUUGCUUGGAAGUUUGACUCUCAGGAAAGAAUGUUUUGGAAUCUGAUGCCUUUUACCACCAGAGACUUCUCCAUCCGGUCCCUGGCUGACCGCUUGGGGGACUUGAGUUACCUUAUAUACGUGUUUCCUGAUCGGCCAAAAGAUGAAGUGUACUCCAAGUAUUACACGCCCGUUCCCUGCGAGCCCACCACUGCUAAAGCAGUUGACGGUUACGUGAAACCACAGAUCAAGCAAGUGGUCCCUGAGUUUGCUGGUGCAUCCACAGAUACUGGAGCCAGUGCCACCUACAUGGACCAGGCCCCCUCCCCAGCAGUGUGUCCCCAGACUCACUACAACAUGUACCCACAGAACCCCGACUCUGUCCUUGACACCGAUGGGGACUUCGAUCUAGAAGACACGAUGGAUGUGGCUCGGCGUGUGGAAGAGCUCUUGGGCCGGCCCAUGGAUGGUCAGUGGAUCCCUCACGCACAGUCAUGACCCAGCCUCCCCACUAGCAGCUUCGAGCUUCGUCAUCCUCGCCGGAGAAAUCUUCUUGUGGAUGUUUUAAUUCCAUGAAUCGCUUCUCUUUGGAAACAAUACUCAUAAUGUGAAGUGUUAAUACUAGUUGUGACUUUAGUGUUUCUGUGCAUAGUGGCACCAGUGAAGGGAGUGUGUGUGAGUGUGAGUUUGCACGUUGUGUUUUUCCCACCCUUUGCUGUCUAGAGUCUAGCUGCAGCACUGGGGCCCAGAGGCUGGGCUUGUUUUUACCUUGUGCAAAAAGGCGGCAGAUUCCAUGAACCCUGGAACCUGGCCAUGUGUCUUAAGGGUGGCUGAACUUUGACAUAUGACUAUUCAAGUCAGAAAAGGACAAAGGGAGGAAAAAGCACCUCCUCUCUGGGGAGUCCUCAGCCCUCUCAGGCCGACCAUAGUCCAUGCGAGCUGUCAGGUCUCCGCCUGUCUUCUGAAAUGUAGAUGACUGCCUUUUGAUAAAGAACACCAGUCCACCCUCUCAUGUCCCCUGUCCCCUGUGCACAUAGGGACGGGAAAGGGGGUACUAUAUAAAGACUGUUAGGGUAAGAGGGGGUCACAGGUUUUUGGAUGGGUAGUGGCUUUUUCUAUACUACUUAACCCAUCUUACCAUCGUCUCUUGUCCCCUGCCCCUUGCUCAAUCUCUGUUUCUAGAAUCUCCACUCGGUUCUUGUGCGUGUGCACACCUGGAUGUGUUUGACAAAGUAGAGGGAAGGAAUUCAGGCCACCUGGCUGAGAGCGCACAGGUGGUGCCCUCUGUGCUCUGCCAGAGGGGCACGUGUGCCCAGCCCUGACUCAAGGCCCUGGGUGUGGCCCGUCUGUGCCAUCUUUUCUCGGUGCUGUGGCAAGGCUGUGCCCGCAUCAUUCGAGUCUUUCUAGAAGCUUGUGGAUUAAUGGCUUUCUGCAAAUGUCCAAUGGUGUUUUUGUUUCUAAAUCAGGUCUUUUAUGUUUUUUCCUUUGCACCCUAAUUUGACAUCAAAUUUCUCUCUUCCUGCAUCAGGCCCUGGGUCCUCCAUACCCAGGCCACCUCUUUUUCCUUCACUGUCACACAGUGUUGAGGAAGACAUAGCAGGAAUAUGACCAGCACCUGGGUUCAGCCUGCCAAGCCAGGAGCCACCACAGCAGGGUGCUGGGUGCUGGGUGCCGGGCAUUGUGAGUUGGAGAAAUGCAGUCAGCAGGUUUGCUGGGAAGCUGAUGAACUGUAGAAACAAAGCAGAAAGCCUUAGCUUGAUUUGGUUCCUCAGCUUCCUCUAUGGUGUCACCAGAAGGAAGGGAGGGGCUGAGGCAGGCAGGUGGGGAGAGGGGCAGGCCAAGGGAGCUCAUCCUCAGGCCUGCAGAGGCCAAAACAGGGACAGAAGCACACCCCAGAGAGGAGGGCCGGAAAACCUUAUUUUUAUACAUGCAAGUAAAUAAACAUAUUUUUUUUACAAAAAUAACUUCUGAAUUUAUCAGUGUUUUGCUGUUAAAGGAAAAUAUUCCUGUGUAGUAAAUUAUUUAUUGGAAAAUGACUUUUUAAAAGCUGCUAUUCGCCUUGGCUUGGUUUCAUACACUGACUUUUCUAUGUCUGGCAGUACCCUCGGUUUCAGGUGCAGGCUAGAGGAAGUGUUAGGUCCCUCCCUGCCCUCAGGAUUUGACCCAAAUUCCCACCCUGAGGGUAGGAGAAAGAUGGAACUGCUGGGGGAAUCCAGGCUUACAAGACUCCUCCCUGCCUGUCACUCAGUGGCCUGUUUGUCCCAAUAACCCUGGCACAGGUGUGAACUUGACACACUUUCAGAUUGGAGGUGGACAUGUCCCCAGGGCCUAGAGAGGGCAGAGCGGCCUGGCACCCCCAGGGAAUUCCAAGCUUACUCUGCAGUUGGGUUGGA